GGCAAAGCCACACACGCACAGCUACACACACACGACUCCCUCACGCACAUGCAGAGCACCGCUCUGUCCCCGCUCCACGAAGGCUGCGAUCGGUGGUUACGCCAGCCUGCCAACCCGCCCGCCUCUCGCCGUCUCCCCUCGACUCCGAUUCUGCGCACACCGCCUGUCAUUCGGCACAGCACAGUUUUUCUCGCUCCGCUCGGAGAGGGCGAGAGCGAAAACACCCAGCGCGAGGGCGAGGGAGCCACCGAGCCAGGCAGGCAAGCGGCAGCAGCCCGGCCAGAGCGAGGCGCCCGGCAGGAGCCCGAGUCCCGCAGCCCAGCAUGGCUUCGGGGGACCUUUAUGAGGUUGAAAGGAUUGUAGACAAAAGGAAGAACAAAAAAGGUAAAUGGGAAUAUCUUAUACGAUGGAAAGGUUACGGGAGCAAUGAAGACACAUGGGAACCAGAGCAUCACUUAUUGCACUGUGAGGAAUUUAUCGAUGAGUUCAAUGGACUGCAUGUCACGCGAGAAAAGCGAGCAAAGCCUGGGAAACAAGCCAGCACCCCCAAAUUUUUGCGCGAGAGCAGAGGCUCGUCCCUCGACAAAAUAUCGCAUAGGUCGUCUGACUCUGGGAAGAGCAAAGGGUUGUCCCAUAAAAGGAAACGCAUGGCCCCGUCAUUUCAAAAGCCAAAAAAGGGUUACACGGCAAAACCAGUGUCUUCAGGCGAUAGAGCUGCUAAAACAGUAUCGUACCGGACUACUCCCAGUGGCUUGCAGAUCAUGCCAUUGAAAAAGCCGCACAAUGGCUUGCAGAACGGAGAUGCAGGUUACGAGAAGGACACUAGACAUUUUGGGAACGGUUCCCAAAAGCCAAACUUGGAUUUAAAUGAACAUGAAGCAGAUCCCGAUUUGCCCGGAGUACUGGAUGUGAAUAACGAGUCUCCCGUCAUGAAUGGAAUUGGUUCUUCUCUGGCGAACGGAGGCCUGAAUCUUCAUAGCACUGUGAAAAGGAAGCUGGAAGGGGAGAAAGAUUACGUCUUUGAUAAGAGACUCAGGUACAGCGUGCGUCAGAACGAGAGCAACUGUCGGUUCAGAGACAUUGUAGUACGCAAAGAAGAUGGAUUCACGCACAUCCUCCUGUCCAGUCAGACCUCAGAUAACAAUGCACUGACUCCAGAGAUCAUGAAGGAGGUCCGGAGAGCACUGUGCAACGCAUCCGCCGAUGACAGCAAACUCCUGCUUCUCAGCGCGGUGGGCAGCGUGUUCUGCAGCGGCCUAGAUUAUUCCUAUUUAAUUGGCAGGUUGUCCAGCGACCGAAGAAAAGAAAGCACUAGGAUUGCAGAAGCUAUAAGGGAUUUUGUCAAAGCUUUUAUCCAGUUUAAGAAGCCAAUCGUGGUUGCAAUCAACGGCCCUGCUCUAGGCCUAGGGGCUUCCAUUUUACCACUCUGCGAUAUUGUCUGGGCAAGCGAAAAGGCCUGGUUUCAGACACCCUAUGCAACUAUCCGUCUCACUCCAGCAGGCUGCUCAUCAUAUACAUUUCCACAGAUUCUGGGUGUUGCUUUGGCAAAUGAAAUGUUGUUCUGUGGACGGAAACUAACAGCGCAAGAAGCCUGCAGCAGAGGCCUCGUCUCCCAAGUCUUUUGGCCCACAACAUUUGGGCAAGAAGUGAUGCUGAGAGUGAAGGAAAUGGCAUCCUGCAGUGCAGUGGUAUUGGAAGAAUCUAAAUGUCUGGUCCGGAGCUUCCUGAAGUCUGGCCUUGAAGAUGUAAAUGAGAAAGAAUGCCAGAUGUUAAAACAGCUCUGGAGUUCUUCCAAAGGACUGGAUUCAUUAUUCAGCUAUUUGCAAGACAAAAUUUACGAAGUCUGACAUUGCUGCGCAACUUGAAAGAUGGGGGAGGAAGCAUGUUCCAAGAGAAAAGGGAUUUCAGGUGUCACCAGGGUUUGAGACAAUAAUAAAAAAGUCAAACCCAGAUCCAGCAUAACCUUCAGAGGAAUUUGUGACCCUGUAUCUAUGGUUGUGUCAGUUUCCUUGUGAGUUAAAUAGAGAAGUUCAACGGCUGUUCCUAGCAGGUUUGAUUCUUGUUCAACAAAGGGAGAGGCAGAUGUAUUGAGAGCUGUAUCUUAAUGUAUGCUUGGCUGGAUAGAACUGUACAUUCCGUGUGCUAGAAAGCACUAGUGUACCCCAUCAAGGCACACUGCGAAAAUCAAUGUCUUUUUUCUUUUUUAAUUUAACUUAUUCUUGCUACUGUGAGCAACUUACCUUUGCAUUGACCCAAGCAGAUCAGUUUAGAGUUUGGGUCGAAGCCACACUUUUCAGGCCUGCUUUAGAAAUAUUUUAAUACUUUUGUUUUUUGUUUGUUCAGAGAUUAGCCAUGGAAUGGAUUUAACGGGGGGGAGUAUAAUUUGUGGGUGUGAUGUAUAAAAAUAUAUAUAUAUUGCAAAGAAAAGAGAGAAAAAACCCUACUUUGAAUUAUGUUUUUUCCACCCUGUUGUUGAAUUUAUUUAAUUAAUUUAUUUGUGUCUCUCCGUAUGCGUGUGUGUGUGUGUCUGUAUGUGUACAUACACAUAAAUUGGACUGUUGGUCUGGUUAAUAUAUUAUUAUUUUUAUUAUUAUUAUUUUCUUUUCAGAUUUCCCCAGAUCGGACAGCUGUUUUGCACGAGUGUACAAGCUCUUUGGUUUACUAUAAACAGACUGAGCUGUGCAUACAAGAAAAACACGAUAAAACAGGAAUGCUGCAGGGCAUUAAAAAGCAGCAGAGAGUAGAUCAUCAUUUUAGAUUCCUUAAGGAAAACCAAUCAAAUGCUGAAGCUGUGAGUUUUGCAUGAGUCCUCCUCCUCUUCAUGACAACUUGAGGCAUAGGUAGGGUGUGGUGAUUUAAAAAAAAAAAAAAGCUAAUAUGUUUACGAUUUUUUUAUUAGCUACACAUGAAUAACAGGGUGAAUGGUGCCUAACUUGCGGUGCCAACAAAGGGUUAAGCAUUCUUUUGUGCUGUGAAUCUGAAAACCUAAGCUUCACACGCUUUUUUCUCCAGAUUGGGUAUAAUACCUUUUGGAGCUUUGAGGAAGGCCAGCAAGAAACUCCUAAAUGAGCCUGAAUUAGAUGAGGAAAGGCUUGCAUACUUCUUAAAUUCUCUCAUCCUCCAUGGCCAGUCUCUCCACCAGGAAAUUGCACAAAGACAUAAGAUUUCCUUCAGAACAAUCUGUGGCUGUUUACUCUUAGAAUGUGACCCCAAUGACUCCUGGAAACAAUGGCUGGAUUUUUGCCCCCCGUAUUGCAUCAGUUUAUAAUGUAUAUGAAGUCCCUGGAGAAAACACCAAAAGGAACUUGCUCUUCAGGUUAAGCAAAGAAGCUGGUGAGCCCAAUCAAGGUGCAUUAAAAUAAAAGGUUUACAUGUGUGGGCUCUUCUAGCGGUUGGUGUGUGGCUCGCCAUCCUCUGGCUACUCUGAAUUAAAUGCUACUUCUUUUAAGACUGUAAGAAGGAAACAAAGGAAAUAGUGGGAACAGAAUGAGGGUUCUCGUUACCUCUAAGAUUGGUCAGCUUUAUGGAAUACAGAGAGUAGCUUUCAGGACAUUCCUAAACAUUCUCUCUCUCUCUCUCUCUCUCUCUCACCAUCCAUUCAAUGUUAAGUAGAAAACACUUUCCAUUUCAAUUCCAUUUCUUUUUAAGCUUCAGAGGUUCCAAAUGAGACUUCUAGGUUCUGGGAGUUUUUUAUUAUUUUAUUUUAGGGUUUUGCUUUGUAUUUGGCAAAGCUCCACCUAAUUUGAACACAUCUAUAGAUAUCUUCUUACCUAUCAUUGCAGAGUCUGGCUUCUUGUUCAAUAUUUUUGGAAAGCAAUAUGCACAGCGGCUUGUGGAACUCUUAUGCACAAGUGUUGGAAGCAAAGACCACAUUCUCCAGUUAAUGGCUGGUGCCUCUCUUAUUCUCUGUUGUGCAUGGUCUCAACAAACUCAUGUACCAUUUUCUGCUGUCGCCCAACUGACUUCCUUAGAUUCCAUGUGUGAAGUGGAGUCCUUGGACAUAUCCUCAUAGCGAGAAUACUUGUGACAAAAUAUAUGGGAAAACAUCUUUAUAAAAUAAUUCUUUCAUGUCUCUCAACAAAUGGUACAACCCCAAAUGACGUAUCAGACAUUUUUGUGAACCAAUGGGAAGUGUCCACAGCAUAGGAAGGCUUGCAUUGUGUAAAUUCUUGGGAGUAUGAAAUUUUGGUUUUAGACCAACAUUUUCUCAUGAUGUACCUGAUUUUUCAACACUGUUUCAUCAGCAGCCUUUUCAAAUUAUCCUCAAUGUUUUUCUUGGCAGAUAAAUGGCUGAACCACACUGAAUACAAUUUCUUCAUUAAAAUUAACUCUAAAAGCUCUAAAGCUUUUAAACAUUUCAAAAAAUCAUACCUAGGUGGUUAAUCUAACUUCAGUUUAAUUUUUUUUAAAGAAAAAAGUAUAGUGAUUAUUUUUUUAAAAAAACUUUCCCAUUUAGUUUCAUCUUUCUAUUGUCCCUGGGUAUUCAGCUGUAUAGGUGUACUGUAUAGAUAAGACUGAAUACCUUUAUGAAUAUUCACAGUAUUUAAUAAAAAUGCAAAUUUAUUGUUAUGUAUGCUAUAUUAUUUCAUGUAAAUGCUUUUGUACAAAUCUUUUAAGGAUUGGCAAUUUUGGCAUUUGUAGAUAUGGAAAAGUAAGCAAUUCAUUUCUGUGUGUUUGUCUUGCAUGUAUAUUUUUGCUGUACAUAAAUUGUGGCUUUAGUUGGGUACCCUUCUGUUUCAAUGAAUAAGCUGUCCAACUUUAAUAAGUAUAUAUUUUCAAAAAUAAAAACUUUUAUAUUUCCGUGGUAGAUUAGGGUAAGCGUUUUAGGCAAUCUUUUUCCACGAUGGUAAACCAUUAUUUUAAUCUUAAGCAUCCUGGGGUUGGUGCCAAUUCUUUUCCACUUAGAAUUCUAAUACGCUCUUUUACUCUUAUAAAUAUAUGCAGGCAGGGUGUUUUUUUAAAUUAUUUCUUUGGUUUUUCCAGCAUUGAAACAACCGAGUUUAAGGUAUAAUUUGUAAAUUUACUGCGUUUGUGAAUAAGCCUUACCACUAGGUUGAAUCAAAUGUUGUUAACUGCAUAAGUAAGAUGGAGGGUUCAGUGAGAUGCAGUGGCAACAGACCCAUGUGUUAGAACAUAGGUUGCAACCAUGCAGAUAUUAAGCAAGGGGUGGGGACAACUUCAUGAUGACCCCUCUCUUCACACACCUUUUUCCCCACCAAAACUCCCCCUCCCCCAAAAUUACUUCCUACCUUCCAGAUUCCAAAACUGAGUGUAUGUCCUCUAGGGGGGAAAGUUGCUGUGGAGAGUUGAUUCUCAGGACAGGAAACAUAUAGAUAAAGAAAGUGUUCAGCAGAACCCACAUUCUAAGAAAUGGGUUGUGUCACCAUCAUAUCUAAUUAGACCCUAAGAAAUUUCUCUCUUCUCUCCCCGCCCUCACCUUUCUCCAGUUGAUGCAUUCAGAGACUUGGCAAAUUUAGAAUUCGAGGCCUUAAGUUUUUCCUUGUGAAAUGGAUAAUACGGGUUGUUUCUUUCAAACAACAUAGUUAGACUUCUCGGCAUGGGUAUUAUUCUGUAUAAACUCUGCAUAAAGUCCAUCCAGCCACAUUAAUCAAUCUCAGGCACUUUUUUUUUCAGUGGCUGGAUCUCUAAAAGUCAAAUCUGGCUGAAGCCAACUCUCUUCAGGAGACACUAAAGUUUACAUUGGGACUUACAGACAAUCUUAAUAGUGGAUGCAUUAUCUCUGUUUACCCAAUUAACUGUAUGUUUUUAAGCCAUACCACUACUUUAAAUACCACAUGGGAAGUCAGUUGGUAACUCACUGACAUCGUCAACAGGAUUUUGACUUCUAGGGAAUAAUAUAUAGAAAUAUAUAUAUAUCUUCCAUUAAAAAAUAAGGACCAAAGAGUUAUCCAUUAUCCCAAUCAAGCAUUGGUUAGAAGACAAAACAAUUUUAUCUGUACAGCAAAGGAUCGUCUGUUGAUUCCCUUUCAACAUGCGUUCUAUAUCAUUCUUAUUCAUUUCAGCAUAUUUGGGCAGAAUAGCCAGUGUGGGUCUAUCUGCUUAAGAAAAAAAGUUGGAACUUGAAAGAUAGUCAGUAAAUGAUGGAGUGCCUAUUGGUAAGGCUUAUUACCAAACUUUGGAGAUAAAGCAAAUAACCAAAAAAAAAUUAACAAAAUUGCAGAAUUCUUCUGUGAAACUUAUUUGAUUUUUAAUGAGUAUCUUGCACAACAGAAUUAAAAUGUAGACAUUUUCUGAUCAGGCCAGUAAGUUAUUUUGUUGUCUGGAUAUCAUAGGAUAAAAUGGAAACAGUUUCCAAUAUUUGUGAUGAAGGCAAGUGCACAGUAUAACAUGAAUAUGAGGGUAUGGGGCACCCCUUAACCGCAGUGUUGUAAAUAAUAUUUUGGAAGCUAGUUUAGCACUAGUUUCUUCUGAUUUAUCAAAUCUUGACUGUCUAGAUCCAAUUGUACACAAUAUAUUUGUCAAUGGUCCUGUAAACUAGUGUAUGAACACAUUUUUCUGGGUGCCUUAGAAGUUGUAUUUUUCAUGUGUGUUAAUAUGCAGU